AUGACUACCAUGCCAGCCUCUACUGGUGCGACAGAGGAAACCCCUCAUACAUCCACAACAACAACCACUCCUGCCGCCGACCCCCCAUCAACCAACAACAAUGCUGUGCAACAAAUCAGCCCACCACCCCCAACCAAAAAGAAGGCCUUGCUGGAGAGGCUCAAACAACAAGUUGGCGAUAUAGACACCAAGCUAGAGGCAAUCAACACACAACAAGGAUCAUCAUCGUCAUCUUUAACUCACACUCCACUGAGUGCCAAUGCUUCAUUACAAUAUCCAUCUUCCCAACAAACAUCGACAAAUAUCAAUGUUGCAACAAGUACUCCAUCAAGCAAGGCUUCAUCUUCGAAUGGAAAGAGGUUUGUCAACACCACCUCUGGAGCUGCUUUGCCAUCAACACCCGAACCCAAUACACCCACUAGAUCAAAACGAACACGAAGACCAAACAAAUUCAAUCAACUCAUCAAUGGUGAAGAGCUACCAACACUUCCCGAACACAUUCAAAGGAAGCUAGCCAAGCUCAUAGUCAUGGUACGAAGGGUCAAAUGGGCCUGGCCAUUCAAUCAACCUGUUGAUCCCGUUCAACUCAACAUUCCAGACUACUUUAACAUUAUAAAGAAUCCAAUGGAUCUAGGAACAGUCGAAAGGAAAGUACUCAACAAUGAAUAUAUGGAUGUUUAUCAGUUUUUGGAUGAUGUCCGACUCAUUUGGUCAAAUUGUUACACUUAUAAUCCUCUCGACAGCGAUGUUUGUAGAAUGGCCAAAGAUGUUGAAAAAUUCUUUAAUGAAAAGUAUGAAAAGUUAAUUGGACAAGUUGGAGUGGAUACACCUCUCGAAAUUCCAACACAAUCGAUUGGAUUGGAAGAGACAACCCCAUCCUCCACAGUCAAGAAGGGAAGAGGAAGAAAGAAAAAGUCUCUCACCACUACCAGUGCAACAGCGACAACAUCAACUCCUUCUGCAGUCCCCUCUUCAACAGCGGCUACCACUACCAUGACAACAACCUCGGAACAAGUCUCAACAGCAACAACUCGUGAAACCACUCCAUCCAAAUCCAAAACUUCCUCUAAAUCUUCAUCCAAAUCCAAAACCAAGUCGUCAAGCAAACCCAAAUCCAAAUCUAAGAAAUCAUCGGAACCGGAAAUGACCUAUGAGGAAAAGAAAGAAUUGAGUGCUAAUAUUGGAAAAUUGGAUGGAGAAAAGCUUGCCGAAGUGGUUCGUAUCAUUCAACGAAUGGCUCCUACUGCUUCCAGUAAGGCCAAUGAGACUGAAAUUGAAAUUGAUUUGAACAAGUUAGACAAUGCUACUCUUGUUGAGCUUAAUAAUUUCGUUAAACAACAUUUACCAAAGAAAGAAAGCCAGAAAAAGAAGGCAACCUCUACAAAGAAAAAAAGAAAAACCUCUCCAGUCAAAGAAAAGAAGCCCAAGAAAACCAAAAAAGGAGGAAAGCGACUCUGA